AUGGGCUGCACGAGCAGCAACAUGCGUCGAACAGCAUCACGACUAGACAAAGUCGAGGAGGCGAUGCCUGCCUCACCGUCGAUGUCUUCCUCACUUUCGGACGCGCCCCCGAUACUGGAAUCCCCCACCUCGACAACAGGUUAUCGCGAGAUGUCCGGGAAGCUGGCCACGCCACCUGCCGUGCAACCUCCGCGGCGUCAUUUACACCGACGGCGACGACGCGAGCCGCACUUGGACCAUCAUCUAACAGACCGACUCGAUAUGCUCGCUCGAUAUCUGCAAAGGGCGUCGAAAAUGGAUUAUCAGGAGGCCUUGCACACCCAAGCGCAGAGAUCCAUCGACGAUCUCCUGGACAACAUCCAUAGCUUUUUCUCCGCCUAUGAAGCCGAGAAGCGCCCGAUGUGGCGUCUUGCACAGACCGGUCGACUGGUGCAACAAGUCGAGAGUUUUCAUCGGACGUUGGACGCCAUCACUGCUCGCUGUGGGUUAGCAGUAGUCGCUCCUGGCGGCGCUGGUCCGUCGUUGCCUCGUUGGCAGGCGCGUUGGCGUCGAAUGCGUGCAGAGCGACUUGUGUUCUUCCGAUCGUACCUGGAAGACCAUGCGGCUGCCUCAGUAUCGAACUCUCGGGUUCGUGAAACGACAGAUCAGGUAGAGUUGCUCACGCUACUAAAGCAUGAAGCACAAAAGUUCGACACAGUGCUAACGACGGACGAGUUGGAGCUGUUGGAGCGUACGUUUACGUUUGUUGCAGGUUGUUGCAACAACGUUAUGAACUUGGAACCGCAGUUGCGCUUAAUGCCAUUGCCAGAGUGGUUUGUAGCUCCUUACGAAAGGACCAAGCAACAGAUCAAGUGGCAGCGCGCAGCUGUGACAGUACAGAGGGCGCCACGGAGUAUGACUUCGCAAGAAUGCUUUACGUUGGCUAGUACGUGGUCUCGCUUGCAUCACCCGCAUAUUAUGAAACUAUUCGGUGCCUGCCAUGUAAGUCGAAGACGAUUCUUUGUGGUGGCGGAAGGAACGCCACUGACUCGGUGCUUUGGUGACGACGGUUUCCCCCUAUGGCGAGCAUUACACGAGGCCGCAUUGGCACUACGUUAUCUGCAUGAGCAACGUGUUGGGUUCGAUUCUCUUUCGUGCUCUGAUCUUAUAUUAUUCCGCAGUGGAGAUCGCGAUGCUGUUAUGCUUGCAGGGUUCAACCUCAAGCAGAUGAAGUCCGCGUUAGAAUCCUCUUCCAUAUUCGGCAGCAAGAGAACACAACUGGAAGAAGACCCUUUGCUAGAGGACGACGAGAGCGAAGCUGGCUACAACGAUGUUGAUAUAGUUCACGAAUCUCAAUCGAGAGUGCGGGCAAAAAAGAAUUGGCAGGCACCGGAGCUGGUGAACAGAGGUGCUGUCGGACCUACUGAAGCAUCCGACGUAUUCGCUCUAGGAAUGUGCGUCAUUGAAGCCUUUUCGGAUGGAAAUCUUUGGGGUAACGAUACAGAAGUAGGUAAACGUACAUCAAACAGCGAGUUACCACCGAGACCAGCCGCGUUGGAUGCUUGGCAGUGGGCUUUGAUAGAGCGUAUGUGCUUCGUCGAUCCCCAAAGCCGACCAUCUCUCACGGAAGUCUUGGCGAGCUUUCAAGUAUUCGCCGAAGACGAGGAAAAAUCUAACUCAGACUUGUCUUCGACUAAGCGGAGAAAGAAGUAUCGUCGCCAUUCUCUACGUCAGACUCUGCCACGGGCAACUUCAGCUUCGAUUGCGUCCGCUCUUAGCGAGGUUCAUGCGUGGUGUGAUGAGGCUCCCGAAAGUUCAGCUAUGAAUUACCAACUUUACGAGCGAAUGGAUGACAUCGCCGCCCGAUUAGAAGCGAUGGACGCAGAUAACGCUGUCUCGCAUCUUCCGGUACUGGCAGCACUGAUUCUUCGCUUUCGCAGCUUCUUACAACGACACAUUAAUGAGAACUCGCUACUGCGUCUUGCAGCUACUCGUCAGGUCAUUGAAAUGAACGCGGAGCUACAUGGCGAACUGGACGUUCUGAUGGACCGACUCCGGUUGAAUCGCUCUGGUGCUUCUAUUCACGCGUGGAGUUCCCAGCAAGCAGUGUACCGCGCACAGCUUUGGGAGCGUAUGCGUCUGUCUUUGGCAAUGGAUACUCAAACAUUAACCGGUGAGCUGGAUGGUGAAGAAGAACUGUCGUUACUGGGCGCGUUGCUGGCUUUCGAAGCUAAGAAACGGAGAACAAGUUACGUCGAUCAGGACAUGGAGUUUUUGCAGACUGCUCUUGCGAGGGUGGAAGAGACGUACCAGCACUUGAUGCCCGGGCCAACACCCGGCAAGUCAAUGCUAGCCCUCCCACCAUGGUUUGUCCCGCCGUAUGAAGUGCUCUUUAACGAACUGGAUGCUUUUCGUCGAGGAUCAUUCGGUUCCAUCCACUUUGGUAAGUGGAUGAACUUGAAUGUGGUGGUCAAGAAAAUACACACACCUGAAGAUCCUGGGAUAGUAAUACCACCACGCAGUCGACAAGGUGGAAAAUCCGACGCCAAGGAACCAACGGAAGAUGUGUAUCAACGUUUUCUCAACGACAUGUCGGCCUGGUCAAUGCUGAAACAUCCGAAUGUGCUGAAGUUGUUCGGAGCCUGCCACGUUGGCCAGCAUCGAUUCUACUUGUGUGAACAUGCAGCUCAAGGAACUAUCGACAGCUUCGUGGCAUCGAAGCCUGAGAAGGAUCGUGGCUCUUUAGCUCGGCGAAUCCUGCACGAUACAGCACUUGGAUUGCACUAUUUGCAUACACAGAAUAUCGUACACGCAGAUCUUAGGUGCAACAACAUUCUCGUCGAUGCACACGGUGUCGUCAAACUUACCGAUUUUGGACUUAGCUCCCUCAAGAAAAGAAACUCGAGUGGUGCUACUACCAAUAGAGAUGAGCUCGGGUCCCGGUGGAUGGCUCCGGAGUGUCUAAAGGGGGAAACACCAACACUUGCAUCAAACGUGUACUCGUUUGCAAUGUGUGCUAUCGAAGUCGUGAGUGGAGAGUUGCCGUGGGGGUGGGAGAUGACCGAUGCUGCGGUUUGCUCUAAGGUUCGCAAGGGUCUAAUACCACCACGUCCUGCGAAUAGUUUCUCCGAUUCUGAGUGGGCUCUUAUCGAACGUAUGUGCUGCUUUGAUCUGAAGGAGCGGAUAACUAUGAGUGAGGUCGUUAGAAUGCUAACUUAAGUAUAAACCCUGCCAGGGGAUCACGUCAAAUAAACUGAAAAAACGUGAACAACGUGA